CUCCAACUUCUUAUAAGUUCAUUCAAAGCGAGUCAUCAAUAUUUCGGGUGGCCAAAAGCUAAUCAAACUUUCCCCCCCCAACUCCCACUCCUCGCUUUUGUCUUUCCAGUUCUCUCCUCACACCAGUCAACCUCUAUCUCUACCGCAUCACCUUCUUCUUCUCCCCCCUCUUCUCCCCUUUCUCCCCCUCCCUCCUCCCCACCUAACACCCUCUCAUCGUUGUCUGUUGCCUCUCACUCAUCGAGAGAGACACCUCUAGGCGACAACCCCUCGUUCUCCCGUCAAUCGGGCCUCGCCCCGCGCAACCCGCAGGCCUGAACACUAUCAUCAAGCCACCCCUUUCGAUCUCGCCUCGCGUGACUUCUCAGUCAAGAAGCCGCCUUCAUCUAGCUGCGCAGGCGUCACCUGUCUGCCAAACCUGAAGCUCAUCAACUCUCAACAGUAAUGGACGCAGUCCGCGCCUCGGCCCGAACGCAGUCUCCUGCGCCCUCACCCCACGGUGCGAUCGGCGAGGCGCCCAGCCACCAUGCGCGUUCCUCCUCGCUUGCGGCCGGUAGACCCAGCACGCCGCGGUCUAACCCGCAGACGGCGUCCUCGGACGGUGACGAGCUCGACUUGAACGCCCUGAUGGCGCACGGCCAGCGACAGCUUGAUCUUGACCGUUCCCGCUUCGGCCGCUUCGGCAUCGCUCCGCCACUCGCCAGUGCUGGACCGGGCGUGCCGCUGCGCGGCCGCACAGGCUUUGGCGUGGGCGGCAUGGACCGCUCAGAUUCGCCUUCGCGUUGGCCUAGCAACGACGAGUGGCUCGAGGCGGGCUCACGAUCCAGAGACGCGAGCAUGCACCGGCAAAGCUCGGGUACGGGCACCGGCACUUCUGCGACCCCCACCGCUCCAAGCCUGGCGUUCAUGGACCAGCCUUUCCCCUCACCUAUUGGGAGAGCACGUGGAGCCAUGGGCAACGCUGCGUUUGGUAGCCCAGCUGCCUCAAGUACAGCUUCUCCAAACCCAGCUACGGAGCCCGCCCAGGCCGCCCAGUAUCACCUCACCGCCCUGUCCAGCAUACUUGAGCCUCUGUGCCGCCAGAACGACGAGCUCAUACGCCUUCGCACUGAGGUUGAGCUCUGGCGCGACCAAUGGCAGCGCUGUGAGCGCGAGUGCCGCCGUCUCGGCAGCAUAGACCCGGCCAAGGGCCGCCCUAAGUUUUCCGUUGCCCUCAUCGACGGCGAUGGCCUGAUCUUCCAGGACGAACACUUGAGCAAGGGCUACGCCGGCGGCCAGGCCGCGGCCCGCGCGCUCGUCGCCGCGCUGCCUAGCCUCGCCGGCCGCGUGUCGCGUGACGUUAGCAUCAUGCCGAGCGAGAAGAAGGACGCCAAGCCCCGCGAUUUAGGCCAGGUCGUGGUACAGGUCUUCCUCAACAAGGCUGGUCUCGGCCACGCCCUCGUCAAGUCUGGGUCCGUGCCCUCGUGGGCCGUCUAUGAUUCGUUCUGGCAGGGCUUUGCCUCUGCUCACGACCUUUUCAGUGUGGUCGACGCCGGACACGGCAAGGAGGCGACGGACGCAAAGGUCCGCGAGCAUCUUAAGCUAUACUCUACGCACGUGCAGUGCGGCACCAUCAUUCUAGGAGUGUCGCACGACAACUCGUAUGCGCCCGUGCUGGCCUCGCUCGAGACGACGACGGGCCUAUCCAAAGUCGUCAUUCUGCAGGGCUACAACGAACUCCCCUUCCAGCUGCAGCCGUAUGCGUCGCGCUGCGUCUCGAUCCCCGAUCUCUUCCGCACGAGCCGCAUCCCCUCCCCGCUCGCGGGCACCCCGACGAGCAAAAAGGGCCGUCGCGGCAGCCGCACUCAGAAGCCAGAGGACGCGUCGCUCCCGUCGCCCACGCCGCCGUCUGUCGUCGUGGCGCCGACUACGCCCCCCGCCGACGGCGAGGUGGAGAUCGAGGUCGUGGAAUGGGAGGCGCUCGUGAACGGCGCGGCCAAUGUGCGCCUCGAAGACCCGCGCGGCCGGACGCAGCGACUCGGCUCGGCGUUGCUCUCGACGGACGACGACAAGAAGCGCGCCGCGAAGAAGAACAAGACGGCCGCGCGCGCGGCCCCCGUCCCCACCGUGCGCAACCUCAAGCCGCGCCCGUGCCACACCUUCUACCUCUCGCCGUGGGGAUGCAAGAACGGCGACGAGUGCGAGUACUCGCACACGUACAGCCUCAACGAGGACCAGCUGGACGAGCUCAAGCGUCUCGCGAAGGAGAUCAUCUGCCCGUACGUCCGCACCAAGCGCUGCCACUUCAAGGAGAACGAGUGCGUGUACGGCCACCGCUGUCCGCGCGGCGAGCUGUGCACGUACGGCGACACGUGCCGCUUCAAGGACAUACCGCGGGGGCACGGCGAGGAGGCGCCGGCGCCGGCGCCGGCGGCGCCCAGCGACGCCGCGCCGCGCAGCACAUAGGCGAGAGCAGAUCACGCCUUCGCCACCAAUUCUUAGACUCUCGACCUGCGAUCGAGAAGAAUAUCUACCCACUCUCCCGACGCGGGCUAUUUAAAAUCGUAUCAGAGCCGCUAUGCGGACACAUCUCGACUAGCGGGGUGUAAAUACUAAGUCGUCAUGUCCGUAGUGCAUGCACUAGUUUACUUCUAUA